GUCCAACAUCGCCUCGUUCCGGGCCCAACACCUUCUUCUGCUCCGUCUCGACCUUCUUCACGAUGACUUCCUCCGAUUUCGCGGCGCUCUGGGCCUCGUCCGAGGUCCGGCUGAAGAGCGCGAGUUGCAGCAGCUCAGACAGCCUCAGCAGCACCUCGUCAACAUCAACAGCAUCAACCGCAGGAGUCCUCGGCGGCCUCGUCAACAGCGGCAACUCCUGCUUCGCCAACGCCGUCGUCCAGACCCUCGCGGCCUCCUCCGCGCUCAGAAAGCUGCUCGAGUCGAAACAAAACGAAUCCGAGCUCUGCCGCGAACUCGAUCUGCUCCUCGAACGCAUCUGCGCCCGGCUGCCCUCCCAGCAUUCGCACUCCGCCGCCGCCUUCCUCGGCGCCAUGCACAAACCCUACUGGACCCUCUCCACCGCAGUCGACCACAGCCAGCAGGACGCCCACGAGUUCUUUCUCGCGCUCGCCGACUGUCUCCGUGAAGCCCUUGCGCCCGGAUCCGGUGCUGCGGCAGAAGAAGUCCGGCUGCCCAUCGACGGCGAGCUCGAGUCCCACGUCGCCUGUCUGGGCUGCAACGAGCAGCAGCCCGUCCGCUGCGUGCCCUUCUCUUCCCUCGAACUCACCCUCCCUCGUCUCGCUUUUUCGCCCGUCUCUCUCCAAAGCAUGCUCGAGCACUACUUUGCGCCCGAGCAGAUCGACUCGGUUUACUGCCAGCGCUGCUCUCUUCUCGCAGCCCGCGACCACCUCGCCCGCCUGCUGCAAAAGACAGACUUUUCCUCCCCUGCUGCAUCAUCGUCCCCCUCCUCAACCUCCUCGAAGCCCGACAUCAGACCGAUCCUGCGCUCGCGCCACGAAGCCAUCGCGCACGCGCUCGAAAACUCAGUCGUUCAGGACGCUGACUUUGAGAGGCUGAAACCGCCACGCCUCGUCGCGGCCUCGAAACGCCGCCAGAUGACUGUCCGGACAGCGCCUGAGAACCUUGUCGUGCACAUCAACCGCUCUCGCUACGAUCCCGCCGGCCAGAUGCCCUGCAAAAACACCGCCGCCGUCACUUUCCCCGAGAUACUUGAUUUCCACGACUACCUCUCGUCGUCCGACUCGUCUGCACCUGAAGCCAGUAGCGACAACAACAGUGGCGUCGUCUACCGGCUCGCGAGCAUUAUCGUGCACCACGGCUCCCACUCGAUGGGCCACUACAUCGCCUACCGUCGCAACCAAGACUUCCCACUGACCUGGACGCGCACUUCCGACAAGGACGUCAGCGACGUGUCUGAAAGCGAGGUUCUCGCGCAGUCUAACGUCACGAUGCUGUUUUACGAGCGCAUCUCUGCCGAGUCUCUUCCUUACUACCAGACCACAAACGUCUACACCUGCACAACCGAGCCACUGAUCCCCGAGCCGCUGAUUGUAGACAACAACCGGAUCAACAUCCCAGUGCAGCAGUAUCCCUCGCCACGCAUAUCACUGGCCGAGCUCAUUUCGGUGCCGGUCUCGAUCUUGUCGACAAACUAGUCUACCUUCUCAUGAUUCUCUGUACAUUAUUCUCAUUUCUUGUCUUUUGUUUGCAUAUUUGUUUGCUUUUGGAUGUUCAUCAGGAAUUCGGGGUUCAGGGAUAGUUACGGAUUAAUGUAUUUAAUAAACUAUAAUGAAGCAUGUUUCACAAGACUAUUACAGUAGGGUUUGCUGACAUCUUCUGCAAGAAUAGUGACGUAAGCUGCACGUGACUGUAAUCAAGGGUCUGGUGGUAACCUCCGAGGGAAAACCCGUUCACGAAAAAAAAUACAGGACCAGACUCG